AUGGCUGCCCUUCUGAGGCUGACUGAGGCGCACCUUGUGUGCGUGGAAGGCCCAGGCCUAUUUAUAGGCUCAGGUGGCCGAUCUUCGGUCGAGAAAGGCAAGACGCCACCGGGAACCAAGCCGGCACUGCCACCAGACAGAGAUGUCGCAUACAGUAUGGGGUAUACACUCAUCAUGGUGUUCGGCUCGAGAAAUGUUGCUGAUAUGGUUGUGGGAAAGGCCCGCUACUGCUGGCGCAGGAUCCAUCGUGCAGCAUUAUUUGGCGGCACAGCUGGGCCUCAGUGGACAAUCAUGUUCCGGAAGGAUUUCAGCACGCUGCACCCACCCAUCGUGGCCAAGAGCUGA